AUGGCUGACUCCUCGGUGGCCGGCGCGCUCGUGCCGUCCGUGCCCAAGCCGGAGCCCGCGCCGUCCGGUGACACCUCCGCGGCGGCCGCGGCGACCACGGCGGCGCUGGCGCUGCCGGAGGAGGCGGGGACGCGCGCGGCGUCGGCGUCGCCGCAGGGGCCGGCGGCGGCGGAGGAGGGCCCCGCCGAUAGGGACCUCCUCUGCCCGAUCUGCAUGGCCCUCAUCAAGGACGCCUUCCUCACCGCCUGCGGCCACAGCUUCUGCUACAUGUGCAUCGUCACGCACCUCAGCAACAAGAGCGACUGCCCCUGCUGCGGGCACUACCUUACCAAGGCCCAGCUCUACCCCAACUUUCUCCUUGACAAGGUUCUGAAGAAAAUAUCUGCCCGACAAAUCGCAAAAACAGCAUCACCGAUCAAUCAAUUUCGAUGCGCAUUGCAACAGGGAAAUGAAAUGGGGGUUAAAGAGUUAGAUAGCCUUAUGACUUUGAUUGCUGAGAAGAAGCGGCAAAUGGAACAACAAGAAUCGGAGACAAAUAUGCAAAUAUUGUUAGUCUUCUUGCACUGCCUUAGAAAGCAAAAGCUGGAAGAAUUGAAUGAGAUUCAAACUGAUCUACAGUACAUCAAAGAGGAUAUAAGUGCUGUGGAGAGACAUAGGAAAGAAUUAUAUCGCACAAAAGAAAGGUACUCCAUGAAGCUGCGCAUGCUUUUAGAUGAGCCUAGUGCACAAAAAAUGUGGCCCUCUCCUAUAGACAAAGCUGGCUGUCGCUUUCCUCCCAACUCUCGGACACCACUUAACGCAUCAUGUCCAGGAAGUUUACAGAAUAAGAAGCUUGAUUUGAAAGCUCAAGUAAGCCAUCAAGGAUUUCAAAGGAGAGAUGCUCUAGCUUCUUCUGACCCUCCUAACCCCCCUAUACAAUCGGGUAAUGUCAUUGCUAGGAAGAGGCGAGUUCAAGCACAGUUCAAUGAGCUUCAAGAAUACUACCUGCAAAGACGGCGCACCGGAGCACAGGCCCGCAGGCAAGAAGAAAGAGAUAUCGUUGCAAUGAAUAGAGAAGGCUAUCAUGCAGGUCUUCAGGAUUUCCAGUCUGUGCUAACAACGUUCACUCGAUACAGUCGUCUACGUGUCAUUGCGGAACUAAGACAUGGAGACUUGUUUCACUCUGCCAAUAUUGUAUCCAGUAUUGAAUUUGAUCGUGAUGAUGAACUAUUUGCUACUGCUGGAGUCUCGAAACGUAUUAAAAUCUUUGAAUUUUCUACUGUUGUUAAUGAACCAUCAGAUGUGCAUUGCCCGGUUGUUGAAAUGGCUACCAGAUCUAAACUUAGCUGCCUAAGCUGGAACAAGUACUCAAAAAAUGUUAUUGCAAGCAGUGACUAUGAGGGUAUAGUAACUGUGUGGGAUGUCCAGACCCGUCAGAGUGUGAUGGAAUAUGAAGAGCAUGAGAAGAGGGCAUGGAGUGUUGAUUUUUCUCGUACAGACCCUUCAAUGCUAGUAUCUGGGAGUGACGAUUGCAAGGUGAAAGUGUGGUGCACAAAACAAGAAGCAAGCGUGAUCAAUAUUGAUAUGAAAGCAAAUAUUUGCUCGGUUAAAUAUAAUCCUGGAUCAAACUUCUACGUUGCCGUUGGAUCUGCUGAUCACCAUAUUCAUUACUUUGACUUACGUAAUCCAAGUGUGCCUGUCCAUAUUUUCGGUGGGCACAAGAAAGCAGUAUCGUAUGUGAAAUUCUUAUCUAACAAUGAGCUUGCAUCUGCAUCAACAGAUAGCACAUUGCGCUUAUGGGAUGUCAAGGAUAAUUGUCCGGUACGGACGUUCAGAGGGCACAAAAAUGAAAAGAACUUCGUUGGGUUGUCUGUGAACAAUGAGUAUAUUGCUUGUGGAAGUGAAACAAAUGAGGUUUUUGUUUAUCACAAGGCUAUCUCAAAACCAGCAGCAAGCCAUAGAUUUGUAUCCUCUGACCUGGAUGAUGCUGAUGAUGAUCCUGGUUCUUAUUUCAUUAGUGCUGUCUGCUGGAAGAGUGAUAGCCCUACCAUGUUAACUGCUAACAGUCAGGGAACCAUAAAAGUUCUUGUACUUGCUCCUUGA